AUGACAGUUUCUUCGCCAGGAUGCUCAAGGCUGAUGGAGAUCAGAACACGCUUGGAUGAGAUAGCAAAUGAACAUUGCAAGGCACGUUGGAAUAAGGGGCCCCUUCCAGAUUUAUCGCAGUUGCCCAAUUUGCUGAAAGAGGUGGAUGGCAUGUAUGACACGCUGGAGCUCCAUGACCGUGCCAAAGCGGAUAUGAUUGUUGGCUGUGGCUGGCACAUGCUGGGGGAUAAUGAGAUGGCAUUGGAGCCUUUAAUGAGAGUGGUUGCUUCGACGGGCCUACCUGUGAGCGAUCAGUUGUGUGCCAUACAGGUGGCAAUGCCAAUCCUUCAAAAGAAACAUCGUUGGGGCCACAUUGUUGAAGCAGGUGACAAGGCCUUCGAGCUUGCGGGCAAAUGGGUCGGCUUCCUGGCUUCGGCCCGUGCUAGCAGCAGUUUGGAGGAGAUCAGACACACUUGUGAAUGGUGCUCAAGAACCAUCAUAGCAUCAUAG